GGGGGUUGCGUGUCAAAGUGGGCCGAUUUGCAGUUUAAAUAAAAACCUCCCGCUUUUUUUUCUUUCUUUCUUUCUUUCUUUCUUUCUUUUCUAAUUUUUUUUUAUUCAUCUACUUGUAUUUUUUUUCACCCUUUCUCUUAAUCAAGACUAAUAGAUAUAUAGAUAUUAUACAUAAUGGCUCCUAUGGCAUCUAUUACUAUCGAUCCUAAAGCUCCUCUUCAAAAGAAACCCAUCUCUUAUGCUAAUCUUCUUCUUGGUGCUAGUUUAAAUUUAUUUGAAGUAUCUACAUUAGGUCAACCUUUUGAAGUGAUCAAGACACAACUAGCAGCCAAUCGUGGUCAAAGCAUGGCACAAGCAUUGAAAACUAUUUAUGGUCGUGGUGGUAUUCUCGGUUUUUAUCAAGGCUUAAUUCCUUGGGCUUGGAUUGAAGCAUCUACCAAAGGUGCUGUUUUAUUAUUUACUGCUUCUGAAGUAGAAUAUCGAGCUCGAGUUGCUGGUGCCUCACCCUUUUUGGCUGGUAUUGCUGGAGGUAUGGGAGGUGGUUUGGCACAAGCAUAUACAACCAUGGGAUUCUGUACAUUUAUGAAGACAGUGGAAGUAACACGACACAAAUCAGCAGUAAAAGAAUCAACAUUCAAGAUCGCAGGCGACAUCUUCAAACGAGAAGGUAUUAGAGGGAUUAAUAAAGGGGUCAAUGCGGUGGCUCUCCGUCAAUGUACCAAUUGGGCAUCUCGAUUUGGUAUUACAAGAUUCGCACAAGAAUCCAUCAUCAAGGCUCGAUAUGGUGAAGGCCCUGAAGCUGCAAAAAAGGCAACAGUAUUGGAUAAAGCAGGAGCAUCUAUUGUGGGUGGUGCAUUAUCAUGUUGGAAUCAACCUAUUGAAGUUAUUCGUGUAGAAAUGCAAAGUCAAGUUAAAACUGAAGGACGACCGGAAAAGAUGACUAUUUUCAAAGCUGCUCAAUGGAUUCAUCAAAAUAAUGGUAUCAAGGGUUUCUAUCGUGGCGCUUUACCUCGUAUUGGUUUAGGUGUUUGGCAAACGCUUUGUAUGGUGGCUUUAGGUGAUCAUUUCCGUGCUUUGUUCAAAACCAAUUAGUUUUUUUUUUUUUAUCCCCCUUUUAUAUAUAGUUUAAUAUUUUCUUCCUUUUAUUAUAUUCCCCCAUUUGUAAAAUAGUAAAAUAAAAUCAAUUGAUGUUUUGUUUUUUUU